AUGAAUUAUCGACAAUCGUGUAUUCAGAAAGCUGAAGAUGACAAAAUGACAAACACUUCAGAAGUCCUAUCUCUAAAUCACAUCUUUUUGUUUGAGGAAGAUUCGAAGGUUGGAAUUCGAAGAGUACUUGAUGGGAAUUUGAUCAAAAAAAUUUUUGAUGAAAUAAAUGCAGCAUUUGUACAACAACUCUCAGAUGAUGAUGUUUUAAAAUGUAAUAAGAUGGUUAGGACCGCAGCUGGCACAUAUAAAAGUUGCAAAACUUUACUCUGGGAAUGGCAGAAUAAACUUAAUAUUAAUGGAGAACAAGAUUUCAUAUUGGAGUUUUUUGAAUCUAUGUAA